UCAUGAGAGAGAAAACCAAUCCUCCAAUUCUCUCAUAUAUGAUCGUGUUAUGCUAGUAAGGUUGAGACCAUAACAAAAGAGUUGUGCCCAUUCUCUUGGGUUCUCUCCCAAAAUAUUCCAUCUCUAGGUCAGCCCUCUUGAUGAACUUAUCUUUUUUGCUGGUGCCUCAUAGAUUGAAUCAAUUGUGAGAGAAGGUGGAGUGAUGUUGCAGAAGAUGGCUGCAGAAGCAAUUCCAAAUGGUUUCAUUCAAAAUCCAAUUGGUGGAUCCAAUCCUCCCACCAUCAAGAAGAAGAGAAACCUUCCAGGAACCCCAGAUCCUGAAGCCGAAGUCAUAGCCUUGUCACCGAAGACACUCAUGGCCACAAACAGAUUCUUAUGUGAGAUAUGUGGAAAAGGUUUUCAGAGGGAUCAAAAUCUGCAACUGCAUCGGCGAGGACACAACCUUCCUUGGAAGCUCAAGCAAAGGAGCAGCAAGGAACCCAGGAAGCGUGUCUACGUCUGUCCCGAAAAGACCUGUGUCCACCACCACCCUUCGAGGGCUCUAGGAGACCUGACUGGGAUAAAAAAGCACUUCUGUCGGAAGCACGGGGAGAAGAAGUGGAAGUGCGAGAAGUGCUCAAAGCGAUACGCCGUGCAGUCAGACUGGAAAGCUCACACCAAAACUUGCGGCACUAGGGAAUACAAAUGUGACUGUGGCACUCUAUUUUCAAGGCGAGAUAGCUUCAUCACUCAUAGGGCCUUCUGUGAUGCCCUAGCAGAAGAGACGGCUAGAGUUACUGCUGCCUCCAACAUCAACAAUGGCACUAUCAAUUAUCAUUUCAUGGGGACUUCACUUGCACCAAGCAUGCCACAACAUUUCUCCUCUAUCUUCAAGCCUAUCUCAAGCAACGACGAAGCAACCGAUCAAACAAGACGGGGACUCUCCCUGUGGAUGGGCCAAGGAUCUCAAGGCCAUGAAACAAUGGGGACGAAUCUCCAAGAGAUUCAUCAACUCAGAUCCUCAAUGAGUCCAGGUUCGGUGUAUGCUGACCCACUUGUUUCUUGUUCAAAUCCUCCACCAUCAAGCUAUCAAUUGAGUUGGGUGUUUGGAAGCAAACAGUCUUCAAAUAACACGGAAGAUCAACUAACAAGCAGUACUUCACUUCCAUUAAGCAAUGUUAAGGAAGCUGCAGGAAGUCAGAUUGUGAGUGUCCCUUCCUUGUACAGCUCCCAACACCACUCCCAUCAAACACCUCUAGGAAACAUGUCUGCGACAGCCUUAUUGCAGAAAGCUGCCCAAAUGGGAGCAACUUCUGCUGAUCCUUUCCUUGGGAGCUUUGGGUUGAAGUGUGACAGUAGUCUAGUUCAAGAUGGAAACAAAUUUUGUGGGUUGUAUACUGCAAACCAACUUCCAACCAACGACAUGGAGAAUCCGAAGGAUCUCUCCACUUUCAAUCAGUUGCAAAUGUACCCCGCAAAACGCCGCAACACCCAGAACGAUGACAGCACUGGGGGCCAAACUAGAGAUUUCUUAGGUGUUGGGGUGCAAACCAUCUGCCACCCAUCUUCAAUCAAUGGAUGGAUGUGAUCAUGGUAUAGGAUUCUGUGUACUGCUUAUUUUCUGAAUGGAUAACAAAGUAGAUGAUGAAGUGGAGAGAGAGAGGAAUAGAGAGUUUAGGAUUAAUUUGGAAAACUUUGCAGAGAGGAAAAGGUGGCAUUGCGUGUCUGGGAGCUGAAAAGUUGUGCUUAGAAAACUAUUGAGGAGGUGAAGGAGGAGAUCCAUGCAUAUUCUCUUGAACCCUGAAAGCUGCUCCCUUUAAAAAUGGUGGCUUUUAUUUUUGAUAAAAAGGAUGGAGUGGUGGGGGCAAAGCAAGUGCCCCUUUUGAACUCCAUUAUUGCAUAUUGUUUCCUCUAUGUGGUGGUUGUUGUCUUUUCAAACUGGACUUUCAAAGAGUAUUCUCAGUGGCAAAAAGGCUUUGAUAUAUUCUAGUUCAUAUAGGCUUAGCCUACUGAUCCUCAAAAAAUAAAAUGUAGCUUUUCUUUUACUCAUCCAUGAAUACUUGUAUCUAAUCAAACAAAACUACCUGUAUCAAUACAUGCAAGAAAUGAAGAGAGAAGCACAUAGAAUUCCUCAUAACCCCCCAUCAUAACUUUAGGGCCUUUCUUUCUUUCUUUUGCUUAUGAUUUUGUUCAUACUUUCAAUAUUGAAUGGUACGUAAAUAAUAUUUUACUUAUGAGA